AACAGGACCAGGCACAACAAGGGUGCAGGCGAAGAGGAGAGAGGGCUGCCCAGAGAGCAGACAAUCCAGGGCUUGAGGAGUCUGGGUGUGUGGUUUAUUUUUUCUCCCGACAAAGACACACACUGUCUAAACUGUGUGGCUAGUUGUUAUUAAGAAACUGCUGUAUGAGUGAAAAAAAAUGUAUUUCAUAAAAGGCCCAGUGUUUGUGGUCUUCUUGGGCUCACUGCUGAGCUCAGGAAACCCUGAGGUGUGACCAGUUUUCAGCCUUCAAAACCAAGAUGAACUGCCCUUGAGAAGGGUGCUCAGAGGAAAACCAUGUUCACCCUCUCUCUCCUGAGCCGGGGACAUGGCAAGCUGGUCCAGAACAAACAGAAGCUAGAAGUCUAUUUUGAACCGGAGGAUUACUUGAACUGGAAGUCCCCGGAAGAUUACAUCCUGGUCAGAAAACCAGAGGAUGAGGGCAAUGCUGACCAGCACACAUGGAGCCUCUUUCUUCCUAAAACAUUCAGCACUAGAAAAGGCGCCCUGAUCCUCUACUCGGAAGGUUUGGCUAUUUCAGCAUGGACUCCCGAAGAGAGGAGAAAAGGCCCCUACCGCCCCAAAGGCCGCAGGAAGAGGCCAGAUCUUGAACUGCGCACACUGCAGGACCUCAAGGAAGCCAUCCUGGCAUACGGAAGGAGACAGAGAGAGCAGGACAGAGCCUGGCAGCCGUACCUUCACUUCCGAAGCCAACCAGAAAGCCAGGGCCUGCGGCAGAUCCAACCUGGGUACUCAGCCAAGAGAUACCUCCGCGGCCUCUUGCGGACAUGGCCCCCUGGCACCAUAUACAAGCUCCAAUGUGCAGGAUAUAUCAAGGAUUCUGUGCUGCUUCAGGACAGUCAACUUAACGUACUAAAGAAUCUCAGACCACAACAGGACCUUUCAGGUGUACCCCUCAAAUACCAUCUCCUGCCUGUCUUCCCUCCAUUUUGGAUUCAACAAGGAAAAUCUUUUGGACAAGGUCAGAAGGACCUGGAUGAAGGGGAAGCUGGGGCUGGUGGACAAGUGGACCAGGGCUCUGUAGCCAAGGACCGUGGCAUCCAGGGGACUUGCUUGCCACCACUCAGGAAGCAGCCCUGGCAGGAAGAUGAAACCCAGACAGAGGACAUGUCAAAAGACAAUCACCAUUGUAUCCACACUUCAAAAGAAAGCCACCGUGAAAAAGCACAGCAAACCUCCAAGAGGACCCUCGGGCAUGCCCUCUUCGAUCACUCUUGGCUCCUGCAUGACAAAUCCCACACGACAUUCUACUACGGAGGCACUUUCCCCAACAGGAAGGCAGACCUCAGCGACAAACAAGCGACUAUGAAGCUGCACCACGGCAGAAGCAGCCACUUGUUCAAGGAGCCUCCUGCUGAACGAUGUCUUUUCCCUCCGGUAGCAUCUGCUGCUGGCUCAGAAAAAAACAUGCCUGGGGACAUGAAGAAGAAAAAGGCACCUAAAGCUUUGAAAUUACCUCUUAUCUCAGAAGAACCACCCAGAGUCCUGGACCCCCUGAGGAGUCAACUUAAAGCCAGUGAGCCCCCAGCAGAGCUCUUCAUCUUCCCUGUGGAGAUUCAUUGUCAUAGCCAACACCCGCCAAAAGGCAAGGCACAAAGAAGAGGUGCUCCACAGCCUGAGUCAGCACCAGAAACAGAAGAAGAGUACACGCCGUCAUGGAGACCUCCCCUGAAGCAGGUGUCCCUAAGGGGGUCAAGGGCGUUAAGAGUGCAUCUCCCAAUGGACACAGACAGGGACACACUCUCGCCUCAAGAGGAUGUUGCUCCGCCCCAGAAGGGGACCUCAUCACCAUCCCUGAGGAAAGGAAAGGAAAGUCCAGAGAGCCAGAGAGGCCCAGACAGCCCCAGGACAUCAGGCCGCAGCAGCCCCACAGGCCCCGCACGUGAGAGACCAGCUGGGGGGGCACUUCCAGCAGCAGGACAAGAAAAAUCUGGAGACCCUACAUCGGGACACUUCUUGCAAGGUCCAGGUGGAGAAAACAUCUGCCUGUCCCUCCCAGGGCCCACCCACACCCAGGAGCUUCUGUCAGGGGAAGCCUAUGAAUCUGUCAGUUCAAAUGCCAGCCACGGAGAGGAGGAAUCUAGUAUUCAACAUCUAUUAAAAGUAAAUGCUGAAUCCAGAACAGAUCUUCAUAUGAAUCUUAAUGAGACCUCACCUUUGACUCAAAAGCCAGAGAAUCAGGGAGCCCAGCAGUCCUUGGAGGCAGCAGCUCAGAAGACAGGAGAGCCUCAAAGUUGUAUAAAUAAAGGGCUGAUAUGUUCAAACAGAAAAGAAUUUUACACGCGCAAGCUGCACCUCGACAUGACGCCGUUCCUGAAGGCAAGUAGAGAAGAGAUGGAUGAUCAUGAAGAAGGCGGAGAACUCAGAGAAAAUCAUCCAGACGCUCAAGACCCAGUGCGGAGGAAUAUGACCCUUGACCCUCUUUGGGCUUCCCUGGCCGAGCACAUGCAGACCCCUGAAGCAGAUACUGUCCAAAAGGCGGGCAAAGAUUAUAAUGUACACCAUCGGCACAGAGGACUUUCAGGACAUGGGCCUGACUCACCAGAAGGGCUGGAUCCUACAGACACAUCUUUUCUUCCAAGAGGAAAAGAAGGGAAGACUGAGCCAAGGCUGUUCAACCAGAAGACAUCAAACAACAUCAGUAACGAGAUGGAAUUGAUUGAAAAAGCCAAGAGCAGGAAAAGGGCCAAGACAGAUAAGUCCAAGGCACCCAAGAGGGAGAAAGAAGGAAAACUCCAUGAGGAAGCAGAGGCUGCUGUUGGAAAGUCAAAGGAAUCAAAAGCUGAAAAGAAAUCACAGCUAAUUCCCAAAGGAAAAAAACCAGGAGCCAAAGGGAAAAGGACACGGAAGGAGGGGAAUCUGGAAACAGCUGCAGAGCUGAGUGGGCCUGAUGGCAUUAACUCUAAGGAAACCAAAGACCGCUCAGGUGGAGGUUUCUUCCGCUCAGGCUCUGGUGUAGAGGACCCUUGGCUCUCUUCCAAAGUUGAGGCUCCUGAGAGCCAAGUUUCUAUAGAUGGAAGGUCAUCACCCACCCAGACUGCAGCUGUCCCUGGAAACAUGGAACCCGAAGAAGAGAGAAGCCACGAGGACCCUUCCAAGGCCUUCCUCGUCAAGAGGGAACAAGAGAAGGCUUCCCGGGACAGGCUUCGAGCAGAGCGGGCCGAGAUGAGACGGCUGGAGGUGGAGAGGAAGAGAAGGGAGCAGGAGGAGCAGAGGCGGCUCCAGCAGGAGCAGCUGGAGAGGGCAGAGAGGAUGAAGGAGGAACUGGAGCUGGAGCAGCAGCGCCGCGUGGAGGAAAUCCGCUUGAGGAAACAGAGACUUGAGGAAGAACGACAGCGGCAGGAGGAGGAGGAGAGAAGGCAGUGGCUCCAGUUGCAAAUGGCCCAGGAGAGAGCUCGGCAGCAACAGGAGGAGUUCCGGAGGAAAUGUCAGGAGCUGCAGAGAAAGAAGCAGCAGGAGGAAGCUGAGAGGGCUGAGGCAGAAAAGCAAAGGCUGAAGGAGUUAGAAAUGCAGCUAGCAGAAGAGCAAAAGCACCUGAUGGAAAUGGCUGAAGAAGAACGGCUGGAGUACCAGCGGCGGAAACAGGAAGCAGAAGAGAAGACUCGGCGGGAAGCAGAGGACAGAUGGCAGAAGGAAAAGGAAGCGGCAAGGUUGGCUCAGGAGGAAGCCAUGAAACAAGCCCAGGAUCAAGCCAGGCAAAAAGACGCUUUGAAGAAACAUCUUCAUUUCCACCAAGAACUCCAUAAGGAAGCCAGUGGCCUACAGUGGACACACAACAUUUCCAGACCAUGGGUCUACUCUUACUUCCACUUCCUACAAAUACCAAGACCUUAA